GUUAAUCAACCAGAGAACGUUUGCUUAAAAAAGCAAGCGACACCGCAAUAUUAACAACAUGGCGUGGUGUUAAUUCCUAAAUGAAGAUAAACCAUAUGUUUUCUCUUUCAAUAUACAAAGAAUGGGUGGUCCUUCUGGUAUUCGUUGUAAACUAAUUAGCACAUUCAAAUUCGGAAGACUUUAACUGGUACACCUGAGAUAACUUGCAGAGGAAAACAUUAACUUAUGUCCGCAAUAGUGGCUAUAAAACAUGGCCUCUACAUCUGACUUGGACAAACCCUCAGUUUCUAAUGUGGAAGAAAAAAGAAGCCGCAUGUGCAGUGAGUUUGCGGGCAUAACAGGAAGUGAUAGCGCGGUGUCUCAGUGCUACCUGGUGGACAAUGAUUGGGAGAUGGAGAAAGCUUUGAACUCAUUCUUUGAGUCUGAUUUGGAGAAAGUAUUUGAAGAAGAUUUGUCAGACAGUGAGAGCGGCUCCAAAUCAACGGGACAGAAAAUGGAGGGGAAACCUCCAGUAGAAUGUAUAGAUUUGACUGGAGAUAGUCCUGUCUCAAAACGCAAACCACCAGAAGAAGAAGAUGAUGAUAAACUGUCUCUGAUCUCCUGGAACGUGGAUGGACUUGAUACAGACAACCUUGGAGAACGGGCCAGAGGCUUGUGCUCCAACUUAGCCUUAUACACUCCUGACGUGGUGUUCCUUCAAGAGCUCAUUCCACCUUACGUCCAGUAUUUGAAGAAGCGGGCUGUCAGUUAUUUAUUCAUUGAAGGUGGUGAGGAGGGUUACUUCACUGGGAUGAUGCUGAAAAAGUCAAGAGUCAAAUUUGUGGAGAGCGAGAUAGUUACUUUCCCCACUACUCAAAUGAUGAGGAAUCUGCUUGUAGCUCAGGUGACUUUUAAAGGACAGAAGCUGUGCCUGAUGACUUCCCACCUGGAGAGUUGUAAAGGGCAAGCAGCGGAGCGGAUGAAACAGCUGCGGGUUGCUAUGCAGAGGAUGAGAGAGGCACCUAACGACGUCACCGUCCUGUUUGGAGGGGACACAAACCUGAGGGACACUGAGGUUGCUAAGGUGGGUCUUCCCCCCCAGGUCAGCGAUGUGUGGGAGCGACUGGGAAAGCAGGAGCACUGCCGUUACACAUGGGACACCAAAGCCAAUAGCAACAAGACUGUUCCUUACAUCAGUCGUUGUCGCUUCGACCGUGUCUACAUCCGCCCGGCUGCCAAGGACGGCAUCCCAUGCCUGGCCCCCGACCACAUGGACUUGUUGGGUCAGGAUAAGCUGGACUGUGGACGCUACACUAGUGAUCACUGGGGGAUCUACUGUAGCUUUGCCGCUUUGUAAAAUAACAAAAAAAACAACCUGAAACGUUUCCUUUAAAGUUCAAGAUAAGCUGUUGUGUUGAGGCCUUUGUUAGUGCUGGCAUUAGAAAACAAACACUUUCUUUAUGAAGAAUUAUCUGACCUCAUCUGAAGGUUGGUUACCUGUACGUUUUAGAUCCUGAUUGAGUUUUAUCCUCAAAAUGUUCUUUUAUUGGGCUAACCCACAAAGCGUUUUUUGUUGUAUAAUUGCUAAGUGAAUCUAAGAAAAUACCAAUAAAUGUUAAAAUAUCAAA